GCUGUGAGCCCUGCUGCAGAGAGUUGAGCAGAGAGCAUGGCUGACCUAGGAAACCAUGACAAGAAUGCAGUGAACUAUAAUGAUGUGCAUGUCAACAUCACUCAGGAAGAGUGGGCAUUGAUGAAUCCUUCACAGAGGAAUCUCUACAAAGAUGUGGUGCUGGAGACCUAUAUGAACCUCAUUGCUAUAAACUACAAUUGGGAAGAUGUUGAAGUUGAAGAACAUUGUCAAAGUUCUCAAAAACAUGGAAGGCAUGAAAGAAGUCAUACUGCAGAGAAAUCAUCUGAACACACUCAGUGUGGUCAAGCCUUUGUACAUCACAGUCAUCCUCCAAGGUAUAAAAGAACACAUACUGGAGGGCAACCCUAUGAAUGUAAUCAAUAUGGUAAAGCCUUUGCACACCCCACUCAUCUUCAAGUACAUAAAAGAACACAUACUGGAGAGAAACCCUAUGAAUGUAAUAAGUGUGGGAAAGCCUUUUCUUGUCAUAGUCAUCUUCAAGGGCAUGAAAGAACACACAUGGGAGCAAAACCCUAUGAAUGUAAUGAGUAUGGGAAAGCUUUUGCUCAUCAUAGUGAUCUUCAAAGGCACGAAAGAACACAUACUGGAGAAAAAACCCUAUCAAUGUGAUUGGUGUUGUAAAGCCUUUGCUCAUCACUAUAAUCUUCAAUUGCAUGAAAGAACACAUACUGGAGAGAAACCCUAUGAAUGUAAUCAGUGUGGUAAAGCUUUUGCUUAUCACAGACAUUUUCAGAGGCAUGAAAGAACAAAUACUGGAGUGAAACCAUACAAUUGUAAUCAGUGUUGUAAAGCCUUUGCUCAUCACAAUGCUUUUCAAUUUCAUGAAAGAACACAUAAUUGAGAGAAACCCUAUGAAUGUAAGCAGUGUGGUAAAGCCUUUGCACAGCCCUGUCAUCUUCAAGUAUAUAAAAACACAUACUGGAGAG